CAAAAGUGAAGCGUCAGACAGCCUAUAUUCUAUGGUACCGGUUUCUGAGUCAUCCUUGGCAUGUUUGCCUGGAUUCACUGCGGUCUUGAAACAUCUGGAAUGCGUCGCAGCCUCGACAAUAUAAAAAUAUUACCCCCAGCAGGAACGGAGACAACUUAACAGCCUGAUUAUUUUCCCCGUCUCAACAACAUUGACUCUGAAUUCUUGAGUGGCAAGUAAAGAUAUCUGGUGACAAACUGUGGAGAACCUUCCUGUAUCGUCCAGUACAACCGCCCACAGCUUAUCUCACGUGCCAUCGUCUAUAGGUAUCCUAGAGCAGGGCGGGAAAACAUCUUUCUUCCGUGUUGGUCAAGCCAAGCAAGCCGCGUCCAUGGCCGAAACCACAGAAAUAAGCGGGAAUUUGCCCGAGCGUGUCAAGGAGAAUACCGACAAUGUUGUCUCUGACAAAAAGUCCAAAAAAGAAAAAGCGCCCAAGCAACCGAAACCGCCUAAAGAGGCAAAGGCACCAGCGCAGAAGCCUGCCAAGCCAGCAAAACCGGCCAACCCUGCACCAUCAGCUCCUCUUGACCCAGAUGCCAUGUUCAAAGAGGGCUGGUUAGCAGCCGUCAGAAAGGAGAGACCUGCGGACGAGCCUGUUGUCACUCGUUUUCCUCCUGAGCCGAAUGGUUAUCUUCACAUUGGCCACAGCAAAGCCAUUGCGAUCAACUUCGGAUUUGCACGAUACUAUGGCGGCCAAUGCAACCUACGAUUCGACGACACCAACCCUGAAGCCGAAGAAGAAAUCUACUUCACCGCCAUCGAAGAUAUUGUGAGAUGGUUAGGCUUCAAGCCGGCCCGGAUCACUUAUUCGAGCGACUUUUUCGAUCAGCUCUACGAGCUUGCGGAGAAGCUGAUUACCUUGGACGGUGCCUAUGUCUGUCAUUGUACAGAUGACGAGCUCAAAGACCAGCGGGGUGGAACCGAUCCUAAGAACAAGCAUGAGCGCUAUGCCUGCCGUCAUCGAGAUCGACCAAUCGAGGAGUCGCUGGCGGAGUUUCGAGCCAUGAGAGAUGGUAAAUACAAGCCUAGAGAAGCGUUCCUUCGCAUGAAGCAGGAUCUUAGUGACGGCAAUCCUCAAAUGUGGGACUUGGUGGCGUACCGCAUCCUCGAGAAGCCGCACCACCGUACGGGUGACAAAUGGAGGAUCUACCCCACCUACGAUUUCACUCACUGCCUGUGCGAUAGCUUUGAAGGCAUCACUCAUUCGCUGUGUACCACGGAGUUCAUCCUUUCCCGGGUCUCUUACGAGUGGCUGAACAACAAGCUCGAUGUGCCGCAUAAGCCCAUGCAAAGAGAGUACGGCCGCCUCAACGUCACCGGUACGGUCUUGUCAAAGCGGAAGAUCAAGAAGUUGGUGGAUGAAGGCAUCGUGGGCGGGUGGGAUGACCCGAGGUUAUUUACUCUCGUGGCCCUCCGACGAAGAGGCAUACCACCCGGGGCAAUCCUUUCCUUUAUCAACGAGUUGGGCGUGACAACGGCAAAGACGAACAUUCAGAUCGCUCGAUUUGAAAACUCGGUGCGGAAAUACUUGGAGAACAGUGUCCCCCGAUUGAUGUUGGUUCUGGACCCGGUGCCUGUCAUCAUUGAUGAGCUGCCAGAUGAUCAUUAUGAGGAAUUUGAAAAUGCGUUUGGUCCCAGGGAUGUUGACAUGGGCUCUCAUAAACUUCCUUUCUCGAAGAAGGUGUACAUUGAGAGAGAUGACUUCCGCGAAGUUGACAGCAAGGACUUUUUCAGAAUGGCGCCGGGAAAACCCGUGGGCCUCCUCAAGGUUCCUUAUCCAGUCGUCGCCACCAGCUUCAAAAAGGAUGAAACCACUGGUCUGGUGACCGAGAUCCACGCCAGAUUCGACAAACCAGCCGAGGGUGAAAAGCCGAAAAAGCCCAAAGCUUAUAUUCACUGGGUUGCCGAUGCGCCUGAGCACGGUUCUCCUAUCAGAUGUGAAGUCCGUGUGUUCAAUCCCCUAUUCAAGUCUGACAACCCCGAUGCAGUCGAACCAAGCUUCUUGGCAGACUUGAGGGAAGACAGUCUCAAAGUCUAUCCAAACGCAGUGGUCGAAAUGGGAUUGAAGGAGAUUCGAGAGAGGGCGCCCUGGCCUGAAGAGGCUGGAGAGAAGAAGGACGAUUGUGGAUUCGAGUCGGUCAGAUUCCAAGCGAUGAGAACUGGCUACUUCUGUCUGGAUAAAGAUACGGAUGAUGCAGCUGGAAAGAUCGUACUGAAUCGUAUUGUGAGCCUCAAGGAGGACGCGGGAAAGAGUGCAUGAGCGGCAAGGAGAUGCUUGAAAUGUUUUUCAGGGACAAUCAAGGUCAACGAUGAAUGAUAGAGUUUGGGAUAUUAAUCUGUGAUUUCGAAAGCACGUUAGCCUCUUAACCUAGCAAAUGCAGUACUGGUAGUUCAUCUUGCACAGAAGGGGAGGACCUAACGUGAGUAUCCCUUCUGGCAUCCCUGA